AUGUCAAAACAAUCAGUUCUUCUCAUCAACGGUCCUAACCUCAACCUCCUGGGCACUCGGGAGCCGCACAUCUACGGAUAUGAGACACUACAAGACGUAGAAACCGCAGCCCAAAAGCAAACAUCAGGACUUGGCCUUGAAAUCGCCACAUUCCAGUCAAACCACGAAGGUCACAUCAUCGAUCGUAUCCACGAAGCACGAGGCAAAUGUGCUUACAUUAUCAUCAACCCUGGAGGUCUUACGCACACAAGUGUCGCUCUGCGAGACGCACUGAAUGGAGUGGCUAUCCCUUUCAUCGAGGUCCAUAUCAGUAACGUGCACGCUCGGGAGGAGUUUCGUCAUAAGAGCUUCUUGAGUGACAAGGCUGUGGCUGUCAUUUGUGGAUUAGGAACUUUUGGCUACAAGGCGGCCAUCGAGUUUAUUGCUAGAAAGUUGGACACGGGACGGGCUUGA